AUGGCAGCCAAGCAGGGUCUAACCGCUCAGCUUUCGCAAGCGGGAGAAGAUGCCAAGAGAGCAGUUCUCAGUCGAACAGGGGUUACCUCAUCCUGGUUUUCCAAUCUCAACACAGUAUGUACCAUCAAAAGCGCACCCCCGAGAUCCCCCGACGUUCUGCAGAUGCUCGCCACGAAAUCCGGCUGGCUUUUCAAACGUAACGAACAGCAUGUUUGGCAAGCACGAUGGUGUUGUAUUGUACCACACAGCUUUCUUUACUACUUUGACGCCAAUGUAGUUCCCGGUCAAGCCCCACCAAUACCCAAUCCAACUCCCCAGCAGCAGGAAAGUUGGAACAAAGCGGUCCAACUCGGUUACGGCAACCGUAAGCAGCACGAAAAGCGCGGCAGUCUUUACUUAUUCAAUGGACAAAACAAUGCCAAUGAAGAAACGGAAGGCGGAUCAGCUGGACCAGAACCCUCCAAGUUAUCAUCAAGUCACCCGGCAGGGAUUAUCGAUCUCGAAUGUUACACCUCUGUUCACCGCUCUUCUGCUGACAAGCACGUUCUUGAACUCGCCGGCGACGACCAGGUAAAUCCAGACUUACGACCAUUCUACUUUUGUACCGGCAGUGAUACCGAAUCAGAGCAUUGGACGGAUUCCUUGUUGAAUUGUCGCCAUUCCGCCUUGUUGGACGAGUGUGAAGCCUACAAGCAAGUCUGUGACGGCUUUGCGCAACAGUUACAAGGCCUUCACACCGAUUUAGACGGGGCCGCGCGCGUGCAGGAAGAAUGUCAGGAUGAGUUGUAUCGCGUUCGUAGCAGUCAAGAGGACGUUCGACGAUCGUGUUGGCGCCUAAUGGAAGACUCGUUGGAGCGACCGGUUUCAGACUUGGACCCAAGAAUUCUGGAGAAACGUGCCCAGUUUCAACGGAAUUUAGGAACAGUCCGGAUCCAAGAUAUGGGUAUACCACAAGCAGUGCGGCUCCUUUUAGAAUACUUGCAAGUCGUCGAAGAAGUCUCCAUCGAUCUACACUGCCAAAAAGAACGUCUUCGGGACAACCUGCAGCAGACAGGCCAGUCAGAUCAGGUCAAGGUGGAAGAGCUUACAAAGGAACUGGAAGAACUGAAAAACGAAUUCUUGACGGAGAAGCAGCAAUGGCAAGCUCAAGUUGAUACGGCAACAGCGAAGUAUCAGCAGUCCCAGAAAGAGCUGAAAGACGUUGAGAAAGAUCUCAGUAGUACACGAAUGGAAGUCACCAUGUACCAAAGUCAGCAAAAAACUAAAUUGAGUGAAGUACAGCAGCACAAGAAGAUCCUAAAAAAAGAGGUAAUCGAUUUGCGAUCCAGAUUGGAAAAUGCUAUGUCUGAACUAUCUAUGAUGCGCCACCAACAAGAAAGUCACAAAAUGCAAGCGGAGCAAGAGCGGGAAAAGAAUAGUUUACUGGAACGCUAUGUUGAAAAAAUGGAGAGCCAAGUCAAAGUGCAACAAAAUAUGAUGGAAAUGAUGUCACAAUCUGGAGUGGGUAGUGUAGUCGGCGGAAGUAUCGGUCCUUUCGACCAUCGUUCAUAUGCGUCGCGGUCCCGCAACAAUAUUGUUGUCGUUCAUCGCGGAAGGGAUGAAAGUGAAAACGUCGAUAACGACAAUGAAGCCGAAGAUGUCGCUCGAGGGCUGCCUUUUGCGAAAGAAGAAAAGACAAGUGAUCGACGCAAUCUGGUCGAAGAUAUUGACAAUAAGAGCCACAUGUCUGAGUUGACCGAAGACCGUACGCAGCGACAUUACGAAGCGUUUACCAACGAGUACUCACCAUAUCGAGAUCUGGGAGGAAACAGUCCCAACAUGAAUGGCACAAGGCAAAAUAGUUCAUCACAGAGAACUCCGGGCCCCCCGACGUAUAUCGGGGUUGGUUCUUUUCCACAGAACCACCUAGAGGCUGCCCGCGCGUCAAAGAAGAAUAGUCCACAAGCACCACGUAUUAGAAGAAAUGACAUUCCGCGUCCUAGCGGAGUCCACGAUACAUCGCCGAUUGCUUCAGGGAAGGCGUCUGUUGCACAACUGACUAGGCUUGAAGCAGAGAAACAAAGCACUCCCAGUCGCGCUCGCGUUGACGAAAACAAUCCUCGUCAAGAGCAAGCGGGUAGAUCUCCAGGUCUGUCCAAGCGGCACGGAAAGACAUCUUCUUCUAGGUCUGUCAAGUCGCAGGGUUCCCGUAUUUGGAAACGUAUGGAGGAGGCUGUACUUGGUCCACUUCCUGAUGAACGCUCUUCGGAUGAGGACGACAGUAGCGGUUCAAUUAAUUCAAAUGGGGCAGCAGAUUUCACAGAGGAGGGAGACAACCGCAAUCGUCUGGCUGGGGAUGAACUUUCUGACGAAAAGAAAAUGACGGAAUCAGUCUCACAUCUCUCUCUUCACGAACGCUCAAAGCUACAACGGGAAAAACAACUGCAGUUUUUGAAGGAGCAAGGCCUGGUCAAAGACAAAGAAAGUUCAUGGAAUUCUGAGGGGCCGUCGUGAAGCCACACCGGUGUUAUCAGGCCUACGGGCUCGUCUAAAGCUAGCUGCCCGCACUCCAAUGCUAUGUUUCCUGACUGUGAGUAAAACCGUACUUGUCGGGCUUCUAGUGAUUUAAGAGUUACGUAUGAUCGUCUACUAUAUGGUGAUUGCUUGCAUCGAGGUGCCGGCGUAGGCCUUAAAUGUUUGUGAUCGAGACGGUUGCUCUCUCGAUGCCUCGCAAAAAGGGGUUUAGCUAGGUUGGUCGACAUUCU